AUGCGGACAAGUGGUGGAGUAGACCCUCGAGUCAGACACGAGUUUCACACGUGCCAUGUCCGGGGCCAGGCGACAUGCUCCAAGCGCCAGAGUGCUGAAGACAAAGCCAAGAUAUUCAAUUUCCCCGUGCUUGCUCACGCCGACAUAUUUGUCUCAAACAGUGGGUACGGCGGAGUGGACUAUGCUAUAGCGAACUCGGUGCCACUGGUACAGUGUGGCAGUAUCUUUGGCAAGGCUGACAUUGGCCGUCGGGUGGAGUAUUCUGGGCUUGGUGUCUAUCUCCCGGAUCAGUCUCGAUCGCCAGAGGCAAUCACGGCGCCGGUCGAAGAAGUUUGGGCGCAGCCGAAAUACAAGCAGCGCGCGUUGAAGCUGAGGACCGAGUCCCAAACAUACUAUCCAUUCAAAAUCGUUGAAAAAGAGAUUCUAGCAUACUAUUAG